ACAAUGUUCACAUUACUGCGGCCAGAGGACAACAUCCGUCUGGCUGUGCGGUUGGAGAGCGCUUUUCCACAGUGCACCCGUUACAUGGUGGUGGUCUCCGCUAAUGGCAGACAGGACACAGAAGAGAGUGUGGUGCUGGGCAUGGACUUCAACCCCUCCGACAGUUCCUGUUCCAUAGGGAUGGUGCUUCCUUUGUGGACUGACACACGGAUCCACCUGGAUGGUGACGGGGGUUUCAGUGUGUCUACAGAUAACAAGAUACACGUAUUCAAGCCUGUAUCAGUCCAAGCCAUGUGGUCUGCCCUGCAAUCUCUUCAUAAGGCCUGUGAAGUGGCCCGCUGUCAUAACUACUUCCCAGGCAGCCUCUUCCUGACUUGGGUGAGUUACUACCAGAGCCGGGUGUCUUCAGAUCAGGCCCGCAUCAAUGAGUGGAACGCCAUGCAGGACGUGCAGUCCCACCGAGCAGACUCACCUGUGCUCUUCUCUGAAGUGCCAACUGAGAGAGAAAGAACAGAGAGACUCAUCAAGACUCGUUUGAGAGAGAUCAUGAUGCAGAAAGACCUUGAGAACGUCACCUCUAAAGAUAUCCGCACAGAGCUGGAGAUGCAGAUGGUGUGUAACCUACGGGAAUUUAAAGAGUACAUUGAUAAUGAGAUGAUCGUCAUCUUGGGGCAGAUGGACAGGCCCACAGAGAUUUUUGAGCAUGUUUACCUGGGUUCUGAAUGGAAUGCAUCUAAUCUGGAAGAGCUGCAAAACACCGGGGUGCAAUACAUCCUUAAUGUGACGCGGGAGAUCGAUAACUUCUUCCCAAGCCUAUUUGAGUACCACAAUAUCCGGGUUUACGAUGAAGAGGCCACAGACUUGCUGGCUUACUGGAAUGACACUUAUAAAUUCAUCUCUAGAGCCAAGAAAGCAGGGGCAAAGUGUCUGGUGCAUUGUAAGAUGGGCGUUAGUCGUUCUGCCUCCACUGUGAUUGCUUAUGCCAUGAAGGAGUACGGCUGGGACCUGGAGCAGGCCUUUGAGUAUGUUAAAGAGCGGCGAGUUGUCACCAAACCCAACCCAUCAUUCAUGAGACAGCUGGAGGAGUAUCAGGGAAUCCUGAUGGCCAGUUGAUUAUAGGGCUCUGAUUGUGUUCAUUGAGAAGUUACAGUGGCUGUUCGACCACAUUCCGCUUAGUAACUUGUGUGUCUUUGAUUGUGUGCUUGCGUCUCAGAGGUUGUAAGUUUGUGCAUGUGGGCUCUGGUGUGGGUGGGUAUGCAUGUGCAACAAUGCACUUGCACUUCCUGUAAAAUCACUGAAUGGGAUUAUUCAUGUUUUUUUAAGUCUGACAAAACCACUCAAGCCGUGAAAUAUUUUUUAAAGAUACAUGUUUAUAAGAUUUUUCUUUGACGUCUGUUUGACAGCCAAGCUUUCAUAAUUUUUUAUCUUUCUGACCCAUUAUAAGCAGUUUAAAAUGUUAUUUGUGACAUACUCAGUGGUGGCGGGUCAUGUUGCUAAAUACUUAAUGUGUAAAUGUAGGCAAUUAAGUGAUCAUAUAUUAUUGUUAAAAUCAAAACUAUGACUAUUUCAGAGUGACCCAUUUCUGCAGCUUAGUUUUCCUAAAUGGUUUG